AUGUCGGAUUGGUAUUGGCGGGUGAUAGCCUUAAAGGCUACCUUUGCGCUUACUUGUUUAGUUUCUUAUCUUCGUGCCGAUGUUACGAUACAGAAGUUACCGUUUUGUAAUCCUCACAACACAAACGAUGCAACUAAUGAUCUUGUGAUAGUGAGCACUCUUGACGGAAAGCUGACUGCUUUCUCUACCCUAAAUGGAAUCAAAGCUUGGGAUGUUGAGACUCAACCAUUGCUAUCAUCUAAUCUUCAUCAUGUUGAGUUGACAGCAGGAGGAAAAUGGGUACGCUUGGUACCCUCUUUACGUGGCACCCUAUACAGCCUCAGUGGGGACACCAUCGAGCCUUUGCCAUUUGACGCAGAUCAAUUGCUCUCAUCAUCCUUCAAAUAUUCAGAUGAUUUAGUAAUAGCUGGCGCCCGGGAGACAUUAUGGCUAGGUAUAGAUGCACAUUCCGGCGCUGUUAUAUAUGAAUGCGGCUCUGUGGGCUGCAACAGCGAGGAACAAACCGCCGGCGCUGGUCGCGACGUGCUCGUGCUGCGCCGACACUCUAGCACUGUGCGUGCACUGGAACCCCGCUCCGGUAGCGAGAAAUGGAACUUCAGCGUAGCAGAGCAUCAACUCGCUAUAAGUCGUCGGGAGUGUGUUGGCGCUAGUUCUCCACCUAGUCCUGUCUCCGUGGCAGUGGAAAUGCCGGAAGGCGUGAUUGCAGUUCGAACCCCGGGCGCUAAAAUGCCGCUGUGGCAACAAAAACUUGAAGCUCCUGUAGCAGGCAUGUGGAGAUUACAAGGAGGGUCACUACAGCACAUGGACGUGUUGUGGGAGGCUGCGCAAGCGCUGGCCGGUGUCGAACCUACACCCCCCCUCUCUGUACGUCGGAGUGCACGAUCGACAGCUAUAUAUCCAGGAAAGCAUUCUCUACACGCAGAAACUGGAAACUUCGGUGGCAACAAAGCCAAUGUCGAUCCCAACACCCUAUCACUAGUUGCACUUUACAGAAAUCCAGGACAGACAGGAAACCACGGCUUCUUCCUCUAUUUACAAGAGACAUGCGACCAAGCGGUACAAGUGUCGGAGAAUUCACUUGACGGUCCAGAAAUUGUGCCACCGAACAGCAGCGACGACCAAUUUGACCACCACCAUGUCCACGUGCACGUGUACUCGCUUUGGUUCUGGUGGAAGGAAGUCCUACUAAUAGCGAUAAGUUCGGCCCUGCUGAUGAAUCUGAUGAUCUGGCCAAGGUUCUUUGCCCCGAAAAUCCGAUCGCCCACCCCGUUACCAAUGAACCAAGAGUACAUUGUGGUGGAGAGGCAUUACGAAAGGCCGCCUUCUAAUAACGGCACGGAAUAUUCUGGAAGAUACGAGAAUGAUUUCACUCCGCUGAGGUGUUUGGGACAAGGAGGUUUCGGAGUAGUGUUCGAGGCCAGGAAUAACAUCGAUCAUUGUUCCUAUGCAGUAAAGAGAAUUACUCUACCGCGAAGGCAGUCAAAACGAGAACGGGUACUCCGCGAAGUCCGUGCCCUUGCGAAGCUGGAGCACGAGAAUAUCGUGCGGUACUUCAACGCCUGGCUUGAGGAACCUCCGCCGAAUUGGCAGGAGCAACGCGACGCCGUCUUAAUGCGGGAAUUGGAAGGCAUGUCGAUGGUGAAAAGUAACGACUACACCUCUCAGACACCCAUCACGAACAAGUCUCCCCCUAAAGGAGAUAGCGUAAUGUUGGAUCUGCAGAAACCCGUCGACGAUUGCAUCGACGCUCUGGACUACGAAAAGCAACUGAGAGAACCAAGAAGACUUAGGUCCCUCAGUUGUAACGACUCAUUCAGCAUAAUCUUCGACGAAAACGCUUCGAAACACUCAGAAUUAUCAAAGAAACACGCGACCGCAAACAGCUGCAAUUUGCCGCCAAACGUUCUAUCCAAAGAUUUGCAAAGUUUGGACAACGGCGGCUCAUCGAUUAUAUUCGCAAACUCUAAAUCACCAACGAAAAUAUGCAAUAGUGGGGUCACCCUACACACUCUGUCCAAAAACAAAGCCACUGAUGAUGAUGACUCAUUUAUUGUAUUCGAAAAUGUGGACAAAGAUUCAGGAUUGUCCGAGGCGAGACAGGACUUAUCUAACAAGAUAUUGGACAAAGUUAAGGAGUGUGAUGGAUAUGUAAAGACUGAAAGUUCGAAAAAUAGCAGGAAAAAGAAGGGUCACACACGUCACUGGUCCUUGGACCUGUGCGUGAGAAGCGAAGAGGCCAGUGUGAGCGGCAGCAAGAUGUACCUGUACAUACAGAUGCAGCUGUGUCGCCGCGACAGCCUGCACGACUGGUUACGGCACAAUCAAACCUGGGACGCAAGAAGGCAGAAUGCAAACACGCUGUUCAGUCAGAUAGUGUCAGCGGUGGAGUAUGUCCACCUGGCGGGCCUCAUCCAUCGCGACUUGAAGCCGAGCAACAUAUUCUUUGCGCCAGACGGCAAGGUGAAGGUGGGCGACUUCGGCCUCGUCACCGCCAUGGGAGAUAACUCUCAAGAUGGCGAAGCCACCGAGAUAAAUGUUUACGCGAGACAUACGUAUCAAGUUGGAACUCACCUGUACAUGUCCCCGGAGCAGUUGAUUGGAAGACCUUACAGUUAUAAAGUGGACAUCUACUCUCUGGGCUUAGUGCUGUUUGAAUUGCUAUAUCCAUUCGGCACCGAGUCGGAACGCGUGGCUUGCUUGCUGCGUCUACGGAAAGGUUGCUUCCCCCAGGCCUUCCUGCAAACCUAUCCUGCGGAAACUGAAGUAUUAAAAUUGAUGCUCAGCGAAGAUCCAUCUCAGAGACCUACAGCCAGCGGUGUCCGGGCUCGAGCACCCCUGUACCAGACCACAGAUGAGAGGUGGCAUUUCACGUUGCCUAAUUUAGCGGGAAGCUAG